AUGUACUGGUAUUCUAAUGUACCUAGUUCUACUCUAGUGAUUGAAAACAGUUAUCUAAAUCAAGCACUCUAUUUUAAUACAUCAUCAAGUUGUUUUCAAAUAAAGACAUGGACAUCAACAUAUGCAACAAAUCAAGCCUUCUCAGUUUCACUUUGGAUCAAACCAGCAGGCAGCUCAAUAAUCAAUGAUGCUGUUCUUGUUCCUCUCAGUGUUCAUAUAUUUAGAAUAAAUUCACCAUGCUGUGAUUUGCUUGGUUUGACUGUUGGUGGUAUAUUAAUUACACAAAUAUCGCCAAGUGUAUCCACAGUAAAAGCACUUCAAGAUCCUGUGCUUAUUGAAGAUGUUUGGACUCAUAUUGUUCUUGCUUAUGGUCAAACAUAUAGAAUGCAUCUUUGGAUCAAUAGAACACUUUUAGAUUUGCAUCUAAUGCAUUACCUAUUGUGA